AUGGAUAUGAUAUUGGCAAAUGUAAACCACAUAUAUUUCAAAGUGGAGAGGGACCUAUCGGAACAGGUUGGAGCGAUACCCCUUCCGUUCUUUGGCAUGGACAAAUCAGUGGCCGCUGUAUGCCUUCUCAACUCAAAGAACGGUGAAGAAUGUACUAGAGGAGCGAUGUGCCCUUUCCGUCACAUCCGCGGAGAUCGUACCAUUGUUUGUAAACAUUGGCUGCGCGGUCUGUGCAAAAAGGGCGAUCAAUGCGAGUUUCUGCACGAAUUCGAUAUGAAGAAAAUGCCGGAGUGUUUUUUCUAUUCACGAUUCAAUGCCUGCCACAACAAAGAAUGUCCAUUCCUGCACAUCGAUCCCGAAAGUAAAAUUAAAGACUGUCCCUGGUAUGAUCGAGGCUUUUGCCGGCAUGGUCCACACUGUAGACAUCGUCAUGUUCGUAGAGUUCUGUGCAUGAAUUACUUGGCCGGUUUUUGUCCGAAUGGCUGGAAUUGUAAACAUAUGCAUCCCCGUUUCGAGCUGCCUCCAAGUGCAGAAGCCAGCAAAGAACAAUUUCAAAAGAAAAUACCCACAUGUCACUUCUGUGGUGAAUUUGGACAUAAAGCGUCAUUGUGUAAAAACAAUCCCGAUAAUACUAUUGAUGCACAAAUGAACAGGCCACCACCUAAUCCGCGAUAUCCUCAUUAUCAGCCACCUCCUAACCAAACUAAUCCAAAUACGCAACAACGGGAUUCUCAGGAGUCAACAUCAUCCAAUGCGGGCACAAAUGAAAAUACAGAGCCACCAUCAUCCAAUACUAGACCACAAAAUAAUGGUCCCAUGUAUCAAAAGAUGUCGAAACCAUUGGAAGAAAUUACGUGUUACAAAUGUGGAAAUAAGGGUCACUAUGCAAACAAAUGUCCCAAAGGCCAUUUGGCAUUUCUUUCAAAUCAACGCAGUCAUAAAUGAUAUUUUACCAAUUAAAUAUUUUAUUUUUAUUA